UCUGAAGGCAAGCCCCUUUCGGUUGGUGUGGUGAACUCAAAGUGGUUGAAGUUGAAGUGAGAACUCAUGGCGAUGAGGGCUUUAGUUUAUCUUUUGUUUUCUUUCACACUAUGGAGUGUUUGUUUCUGUUCUGAUUUUGAUCUCACUGUAGAUAUCGCUCCUGGAAAACAAGAAUGUUUCUGGCACCCUUUCCCCCAGUCGGUGGAUGUGGAGGUGGAUUAUCAGGUCAUCGAUGGGGGAGACAUGGACAUCGACAUGUUGGUUGCUGGGCCGGACAACCGGAUUUAUCAGAGUGACCUGAGGAAGACGGAGAAUGUGGUCAGGUUCAAGACCACCAGCGCGGGAGACUACAAGAUCUGCUUUGACAACACCUUCAGCCGCAUCUCCAACAAAAUUGUUUACUUCGAGGUGUUCAUCGAGGAUGGCAGCGACGACGACGAAUUUGACGGGGACGACAGUAAGCUGACCUUUGAGGGGGAGGACAUCCAAGGACAGCUGGACAUGACCAUGGAGGAUUUUAUGUACACAAUACUACAUAAUAUAAACUAUAAUCAAAACUGUGGGUGGUUCAAGACCACCAGCGCGGGAGACUACAAGAUCUGCUUUGACAACACCUUCAGCCGCAUCUCCAACAAAAUUGUUUACUUCGAGGUGUUCAUCGAGGAUGGCAGCGACGACGACGAAUUUGACGGGGACGACAGUAAGCUGACCUUUGAGGGGGAGGACAUCCAAGGACAGCUGGACAUGACCAUGGAGGAUUUUAUGGGCAUUUUGGAAAGAGCCAAGAAAAAUAUCGAGCGCUCUGUGCAGGUGCAGACGCUGAUUCGCAUCCACGAGGCGAAAGAUCGCAACACGCAGGAGUCCAACUUCUACCGCGUCAACUUCUUCUCCUGUUUCCAGCUGGCCGUCAUGAUCGCCGUCGCCCUGGUCCAGGUGAUCACCAUCCGCAGCUUGUUUUACGAGAAGAAACCCGCCAGCGGAUCCUCUCUCAAAGCCAGAACGUAGCGCGAGAAGCAAGCGGAGGUGGUUAAAAUUGAAAUUAGCUGGUUUUGUGUAGGAGUGAUUGAUUGAUAAAUGAUUGAUUUUUGGUCGGAGUGAUUGAUUGAUUUGUGGUAGGAGUGAUUGAUUGAUU